AUGCGUGUUGUGGAAAAUGAAGGUCUGAGCAGUGGUUGUGAAGCGAGCGUUGUACGAGAAGAGAUAGCAAGAAACUAUGCAGCACUCCAAUCUCGUCUCAGAAGAGAGUUCUCGGACAGGCGUGAUAAGCUGAAUCCGGGUAUUUCAGGUGCUCGUCCUGUGGCAACAGAGGAACAACUAUCGGCUGAUUUUCGCAAGAAAUUGGAGGAAUGGAAGUUAAAGAAGGGUGUCAAGCAACCACUUCCAGUACCUGCCAGGCAGGACCUGAGCGAAGACUUUCUUCGGAAAUGGGAUGAAUGGAAACGUAUGAAAGAAACCAACUCAGUACCAGCAUGGGAAGAAGAGGCAAAACCUGAUGAAGUACUGGUCCAAACGUCCACCGGUCUUUUCAAAUUUCAAGGAAUCUCUCGUUCCUUCACACGUAAACUCCACGAGUGGGAGAAGUCCCGGGGCAUAGCACCCGAAGCCUCCACUUCAGCAUUGCUUCGAGCGGCCCGAGCGGGCAACAGCAAAGUUGCACAGGCUCCACUCACGAGGACCCAAUCUGAUGGUAGCGUCGCGCCUUCCGCAGCGGGUUCAGGAAGACAUCACGCCUCCAGCCUUAGUGUCAAUGACGCGGAUGACUUCGGUGAUGAUUCGGAGUACGAGAGAGAACAUUCUCUCGAUGGCGGUGAUGAUUGCGAUGGUCCUCAAAGCCGUGGGGCUGUUCUCGUCGAAAUCGAGGAUGAAGAAAUCUGUACAGCAGCUCCUUUAGUAGCUGUAUCUCCUCGGCACACUCCUCAGAAGCCGGUGUAUACGUACGGUCAGGCUGAAGCUCGACUGCUGUGCGAAACUAACUCAGCUGUAACCGGGACAGCGGUAUUGCAACCUAACGGAGCUGUUAUCCUUUCAGAUGACCGCGCCACCAAGCCCAAAGAGUCAACCGGCGCCCAUCCUAAACCUCAUGAACAGAACAAACCAUAUGAACACAAAAGAGUAAAAAAGAUUACUAGACAACCCAGUAUUGAGGAAGAUGCCAUGUUUAUUAGGCAAACAAUUCAAGAAAUAGAAAGGUGUAGUUCUAGUCGUUUUAAAGAAAAAGAAGAUACUGAUAACGAAAAAAGUAAAGAGAGAGAAAGUAUCGCACGUAAAGAUUAUUCUCCGAAACCUUCCAAAUCAAAUGAGAAUGAAAAAUAUAUAGAUGGUAAGGAUGGAGAUCAUACUCAUGAAUCUAAAGAUGACCCAAAAGUUAAAGAAACAGAGAAAACAAAUGGUAAAAAGAAAUCUAAAUCUAGAGCAAGACUAGAAAGGGAACAGUCAAAACCAUCUGAAAGCGAUACAGAACAUGAAGUGGAUACUGUAACUGUGGAGAUACCAAGGAGAAGAAAAAGACCUAGAAGAGCGUCUGAAAAACCGAGAACUCCUCCCGCUUCUUUAAAUUCGGAUUCUGAUGGUGAAGUAUUCAUCCUAAAAUUUAAAACAACAGGACAACGCGAACAUUCUCCUGAAGUAAUCGUUAAAACUAUACGUAAAAUAUUUUCACCAGUAGUCCGCAGUGGUGAAACUAUUCCCAGCGCAGUUAUACCAGUAAACGUUGAAGAUCUCCCUGAAGUCAGACAGUCAGAAAACAGCCACAGAAAUGAAAACAAGAAAAAAGAACCUAAACCUGUGAAAGUUAAACAGGACAAGAGCGCACGAUCGAAGAGUUCCGGUGACUUGCAUGACACAGAAGAACUGAAAAAAAGGACCAGACCUCCUUUACCAUCUUCUCCAUCAUCCCAGAGAAAGCCACAACUGAAGGAAACAGCGCCAUCUAUUCGUAUUAUGAUACAACGAUACAAUAAAAAAAUAAAUGAAGAAGGCACAUCACCAGUUAGCAGUGGCGCAUCAUCCCCUGCUUGGCGAUCACCUUCUACUGAACGCCGAAGACCUCCCGACAUGCCUGUUGGUGUUAACAUCAGAAACAACCCAUUCCUCGAAAGGGAAGUCCAAAAAUCAGCCAGCGCUUGCCAAUUAUCAAGACGUGAUCCCACUUCAUUGGAAAAACGUCUGACACCAGUACCGUCACCCAAUCUCGAUGGUGUGCUUAAGUCACAUAGCGCGAACUCUCUUCACCCAGAACAGCCCAAGGUUAAACCCCCUAAACAAAAGAACGUAGAUAGUCAAGAAACGAUUACAGAAACAGCUAGCACCGACACUAUUGUACCAAACUUAGCCCGGAAUAUACCAGAACUGGCACCUAUUUCAGAACCUUCUCGAAUUUCUAGUCAAAUAUCUUCGUCUACAUUACCGAGCCUUAGCAGUUACAUGUCAGGAAAUCCUGGAUUAUUCGGAAGGUCCAUUUCAACAGUUGAGCCGCCUGUUUUCCUGGAUUACGAGACCACAGCAGUGAACUUAUCGGAAAGAGCCGCUAAAUUAAAGGCAGCUAGAGAGAAGUUUCUUUCGUCGACUGUGCCUAUGAGACGAGAAGGAACUAGUUCAGCUAGUGAUUUGAUGAGGCCUGGUGAUAGGUCAAGUAGAAUAAGUUGCGAAAGUGACGUAGCAGAAUCUCAUUCAUCCGGCACUCAAGAAUCAGCUGCUAUUGGCAGAAGUGCCUCUACUGGCAUGGUCAAUGUAGAUAGAGAAGCGUGGCAGAGAGUCGCUGAAGGUAGUCGUCGUGAGGGUCGCUCUCGUUCUCGCUUCAGCCUGGCUCGUUUAGCUGCCAAGCUUCGGCGACGUGACGAUGGCGCCGUCUCCCGCCUCUGUCGUCAAAGUCUACUUGUACAACUCAUCAACAAACAUUAA